AUGAAAGGUCCUCCGAAACCAUCUUGGGAUCUUCAGUUCCAUCUACUGUUCGCAUUGAUAAAGUCUUUUAUUCAAGAUGGCAAAAAUAAGACAGUAGAAGACAUUCAACAACAAUCAUUUAUGGUCGUACCGUUACCCGCAGAUUUCAACGAAGACAAAGUGGUGAUCUCUAAUGAAUAUAGGAGACAAGCUCAACCUUAUUUAGAAAAGAUUUUGAGCGAAUACGAGCACGUGUUGGACAAUGAGUGGAAAGAGUUGGAAGAUGGAAAUGAGAUGGAUCAGGAAGAAGAAAAUGAUGUCGGCAGUAAAAGAUGGUUGAAGGCUAAAUGGAUUUAUCUAAGAGAACGGGGAUUUAAGAGGAAUUAUAAGAGAAUAAUCCUCUACUUACACGGAGGUGCCUAUAUGACGUGUAACGCAGAUUCUUAUCGAGCUGUUACCACGAAGAUUGCAAAGGAAGCUGAUGCUUUGGUGUUUGCUGCCUUACAUGAUGCCUUGGCCGCCUAUCUCUAUCUCACAAACCCGCCUGAAAACGCUAGUUUUGAAACAAUUGAUCCUAAACAAAUUGUUAUAAUGGGUGAUAGUGCGGGUGGUGGUUUAACUGUUGCUCUAGGAUUAGCACUCAGAGAUACUGGAUUGCCAAUGGUCGCUGGAUUAGUUGUCUGGGUGAAUUCCCCGUGGUUGGACCUAACUAACAGUAUGCCAUCAUAUCAAGAUCCCCUCUUCUAUCUCACCGAUUUCAUUCCCGAUGGUUUUUUGGUCCAAAAAUCCUCCCCCGCCUUAAAUAGCUUUUAUCGUAAAUCAGAAGCCUUGUCGAGACGCAUUAAAAAGGAAAAUAAACUCCAAUUUUGGGAUAAUUCAUUUAAUCGUAACAAGCGAGUGCAGUUGUACGCACCUAACGAGGCGUUAUCAGUGCCUUACGUAAGUCCGAUAUGUGCCACGAGUUUAGCGGGGUUACCAUCCAUACUAGUACAAGCCGGUGAUGGAGAAAGACUCCGAGACGAAGCAAUUUAUUUUUCGUUUAAAGCUAGCCAACCGGAGAAAUACAAUUUACCUUCAUAUAAUUUUAAAAAUUCUAAGAGGUUGUUAUUUAAGACGCCAACAAAUGUUACAUUGGAAAUUUAUCAAGACAUGCCCCAUGUGUUCCAGACAUUUAGCUUCGGCACACCCGCCAAAAUAGCGUACAAGCAUUCCGGUGAAUUUAUUAAAAAAGUAAUUGACAAUGCGACAAAUCAAACAUCUCCGUCUAGUGAGAUUGUGUCUUCUCUGGAUUCCACAAAAAGCACGUACUCACUUAUAUCAGCAACUGGCAAAAUUCUUCCGCUAAAAGAAGAACAAUACUCUGUGUUAAAGUGGACUGAGAUUGGUAAGGUGCCGUUAGUGGCGAAUCCCACAUUUAAGCUACCACCGCCAACAACAUCGUAA